CCCGCGGUGGAACUUUUUACCGCCUUCGCGUUCCAGAUUGGAGGCUCGGGCUGGUUUCUAAAUACAUCUGUACAUAUGUGUCAGCUAAUAAAACACUUCCUUCUCUCCUUGAAGCGGCAGCUUUUUAUGACAUCUCCUUGGUGCCAGAGACACUUGCCUGGCUUCUUUCGGUUAUAAACUUUUGAUGCCAGACCUCGGCAGGACGUGCCCAGCUGAAUGUUACAGUGGCAUCUCGAAGAGAGGCAGAGAGAGAGCAGUCCGUGACCUUCACCCCGGCACCUUCCUGCUUCCUCUCCCUUCCCGGCUGCCUCCCGCCUCCCCAGGGGAGCGUCAAGAAAGCUCUUUUUGGAUGCAGGAGGGGGCAUCUGGCGCCGCGGGGCUGGAAAGCUGAGGCAGGAUUUGAGGCGGAAUCGUUAGACUCGGAGCGCCUGGACUGCUUCUCCGGGCCCCUCUCUGCUGCGGGCUCGCUCCAGCCCUCCCCUCCCUCCCCGCACCGCUGCCCAGCCCCGCCGGUGUGCGGGGCGGGGAGGAGCCGCGAGCCGCUGCCGGAGUUCCGGGAAGUUGUGGCUGUCGAGGAUGGGGGUCUGUGGGUACCUGUUCCUGCCCUGGAAGUGCCUCGUGGUCGUGUCUCUCAGGCUGCUGUUCCUUGUACCCACAGGAGUGCCCGUGCGCAGCGGAGAUGCCACCUUCCCCAAAGCUAUGGACAACGUGACGGUCCGGCAGGGGGAGAGCGCCACCCUCAGGUGCACCAUAGACGACAGGGUCACCCGGGUGGCCUGGCUGAACCGCAGCACGAUCCUCUACGCCGGGAACGACAAGUGGUCCAUAGACCCUCGUGUGAUCAUCCUGGUCAACACGCCCACCCAGUACAGCAUCAUGAUCCAGAACGUGGACGUGUACGACGAGGGCCCGUACACCUGCUCCGUGCAGACGGACAACCACCCCAAGACCUCCCGGGUCCACCUCAUCGUGCAAGUUCCUCCCCAGAUCAUGAACAUCUCCUCAGACGUCACCGUGAAUGAGGGGAGCAGCGUGACCCUGCUGUGUCUGGCUAUCGGCAGACCAGAGCCAACCGUGACGUGGAGACACCUGUCAGUCAAGGAGGGCCAGGGCUUUGUGAGCGAGGACGAGUACCUGGAGAUCUCGGACAUCAAACGGGACCAGUCCGGGGACUACGAGUGCAGCGCCCUGAACGACGUGGCCGCGCCCGACGUGCGGAAAGUGAAAAUCACCGUCAACUACCCUCCCUACAUUUCCAAAGCCAAGAACACCGGCGUCUCGGUUGGCCAGAAGGGCAUGCUGAGCUGCGAAGCCCCUGCCAUGCCCGUGGCUGAGUUCCAGUGGUUCAAGGAGGACACCAGGCUGGCCACCGGCCUGGAAGGCGUGAGGAUCGAGAACAAAGGACACAUAUCCACUCUGACCUUCUUCAAUGUCUCAGAGAAGGAUUAUGGGAACUACACCUGCGUGGCCACAAACAAGCUUGGGAACACCAACGCCAGCAUCACACUGUAUGGGCCUGGAGCCGUCAUUGAUGGUGUAAACUCGGCGUCCAGAGUGCUGGCCGGCCUCUGGCUGUCGGGGACCCUCUUUGCUCACUUCUUCAUCAAGUUUUGAUGAGAAACCAUAGGUCUUCUGAGCAAUGCCUGCUUCUCCACAUCACAGACUUUACCUGCACUGCGGAGGGCAAACCAGUCUGGGCUUCUUUUUCGUUUCUUUUUUGUCUUCUCCUUCUCGAUUUUUCACUUUUAUUCGUUUUGUUUGCUUGAUUUUUCUUUCCCAGUUUGAACGAGCAGGGCUGAGGGGAGGGGCGAGCAGGGUUCUACCAUGUGCAGGAUGGUCAUUCGUGGGCGAGGCCAGCAGUAGAGUCCGUUCCUGCCAGCGUGGCCCCUCCCCUUUCCUCUGCUCCCCCUCAUCACCGCCUCCACCCCCCGCCCCGCACCAAAUCAUAAGCUCCAUUUGCGCAAAAAAUGUGCCUCAUGAUAAACACCCUGAAGACACGACUUGGCUUGUAACGUAGUGCACAGCGAGAGCUCUGUCCAGGCGUCCUGCGAUCUGUGUCUCUCCAGCUUUGGACCAUUCUCCUGACUCUAAUGUACAUAUCGCUGCCUCCAGUGUAUUAUUACCUAAUUACACUAGGGUUCACGGCCUUUCUUUCCGGGAAGUUCUCUCUCUACCUGAAAUAUUGCAAUCUUUUCUAGCCAUUCUGCCCUGUUUGCUUUCUCUACUGGGGAUUCGAGGUUUGGGGAUAUGCGCACAACCCAAAACUGAAAGUUUAGAAGUUGUGUGACCAAAAGAGGGGGAGGCGUUUUGAGAACAGUCCUUCUCUUUAAAAAAUGCCGUCCGUGUCGUGAAAAAUGGUCCACACGUGGCUGAUUAUUUAGGUUAUAUCAAGCUCUCCCUCAAAGUCAUCAUACAGUUACCCAUCUAUUCACCUGUCCGAUUCAUCGCCCCAUCCAGUUAUCCACCCGCCCGGCCCCCUCUCUAGCAAUGUAUUUACUGUAUUUAUCAGUCCAUCGGUGUCAUUUCCUAGCAUUUCUUUCUGUUUAUUUCCCCACGACUCACCACCAGUCCAUCACCGUAUCAGUCUCUAAUCAUUUUGUGUCUGUCCCCCCGUGUUCACUUCUCCCCCACCUUCAGCAGACACUGGCAUCUCCAGAAUUACCUAUCAGCUUCUCGUGUGAAAGCCAGUGAGCUCACGGGCUAACGACACAGACAAGCACUACGUAAGGGGCUCUCUGGAACGCGGUGCCCGUCUGCCCGGAGUCGAUGCUGGUAACAGACGGACCAAAGGAGCAAUCUCGUGAGCAGUCACCCACGGUUCCCGGAAGAGACGGUGUUUCCAGAAGCGUCUUCCUGGGAAGCAGCCCAGCCUUGGGGAAGCCUGGAUUGCUAGCGUGCUUUUUUUCUUUGUCACUGGAAGGACUGAAGUGCCAGUCUCCAUGCUUCUCAGCCCUUCGAGGAAGCCCACGUCGGGAACCUAGGGACCGUCCUUAGCGGCAAGACAGGAAGAGGAGGACACACAUCUGCGUCUGCAGUAAGAGGCGCGCGGUCCGUCCGAGCGGAGCGACUUCAACUCCCGUCUCCUCUGGUCCAGCUUUGGCUUAAUCUGUUUGAAAACUAUCCAGUGAAAAGCUGAUGGAAGCCAAUUACACGGCGGGUGUGUUGUUGACGUGGUAUUUGCUUCAGGAAGGUCUUCUGAGCUGAGGGCACUUGAGCAACUGACUUAAUUUCUGAGCACUUGCUAAUGCCACACAGCAAGCAGGAGGGGACAGUGCAAGGGACACGCUGCUUCUCCGGUGGCUUUGAGGGCGAAGCCCUCAGCUCGCCACGUUCAGGGCGGCCCCAACGCACAGAGAAGAGCUGACCUGAUCUUUCUGCACCAUCUCCUGGGAGGAGAAGGGCUCAGCCAGCCAGGGCGCCUUUGAUGCGAAGAAAUGGCCUCGGAAAGCACGCGGGGCUGCGCCCUUUUCCUGUGCCGCAGCGGGUGAGCUGCGAGGGGCGAGAACCACGGGCGCACAGCCCGGAGGACCGGGAAACUUCCAGCCCGCAGAGUCCCGCGCCCUUGGUGCUUGACUGGGCUUCCUCCUCUGCGUGGCCCCUUUGUUUCUGUGCAGGAUGCCACGUGAACGCGGCCUCAGAGUGGGAAACACACACACAUGCACGUGCACACGUGGCAUACAAAGAGCGAGGCGCUUUGGUAAGAGUUAGAGCUGGUGUGAGUGAAAUUAAUGUUAGAUUUGCUCACUUAAACAUCCAUCCGCAUUUCCGAGGGAGCUCCCAGGAGCCAGACUUGGGGACCAGAAAUGAUAUGCCAAAAGCAGCGUGUGGAUUCCACGCUCCAGGGACAGUCUCGAGCCAGCACAGGGUCAGAAUGCACGGUCAGACGUCAGUGCCUCAGCUCUGUCACUGUGGGCACUGGACGAGAAUUUAAUGUGUCACCUGAAGGUCCUCCUAGUAAUACAGGUGUUAGCUUGGGGUAAAAUAGUGCAGAGGCCGGGUAGCAUGGACAGUCUUGGAGAAUAGUGUGCUUGAAACGGACAAGCUGGGUGUGUCCUUCACUCCAAGGCUUGAUCUAAAGGUGUCCAUCCUUCUUCGGCUGGAAGAUCCCGGAACCUACUGAGCACAAGGAGACUGGGUCUCAGCAUCGCUGCGGACACUGCGCUGCCCUCUCCCACUGGACACCAGGAAGGACAUCUUUAGUUACAUGUUCCAGCCACGUUUCAGAGGGAAAAAGUCCUACCGUCCAUCCUCCCCUGUCUGGGAUGAAGAAAACCAAGUAAGUAAGACCCAAGGGGCACUGGGAGAGGAACGCCUUCUCCACGGCGGGCGUCCUCCAGCACGCAUGCUGCGUGGGCUACCUUGGUGGGGAUGGCUCCCCAGGACAGUAGCCUUCUGAAGCACAUAGAACAGCCAACGCUCAUUCAAGACGGUCUUGAUUCUCACACUCUUUCCACUUUAUAUACGGAGAGCAGGUGCAUCAGUCCUGCUGGAGAGACUGCCUUCGAGGCGCCAGGGGUGGAGGUGGCGGUUAGGGUGAAGGAGGGCAAAGCACCGGGUCCCCGGGAACCUGCAGCUCGGCACAGGUUUGCACAUGGGGAGGAAACCAGACAAGGCUUCUCAGGGGAUUGAAUGGGAGAAUUCAGCAAUGCAGGUGCUCCGAGAGCCCCCUGUCCAGGACCAAGCUCACAUGUGCGUCCACCAAAGUCAUGCCCAUGAACGUUCGAGUGUCCGGCUCUGGCCAAGCUUGGUCUCAGUGGUUUACUGUCAAGUGCCUGAUACAGUCUCCUACAAGUCUAAGCAAGUGCGUUUCGUCUUCCUCGUUCCUGUUUUAGCUGGGGGAGGGAGGCCUUGCAGGCGAGCGGCGGUCAGCCCGUGCACCUUACUUUGCGCAGGGAGGAUUGUGUGCGGCGGUUCUGAUGCGGCUGUGCUCAACGGAACAGCAGUCAAGAGGAGACUUUGAAUCAGAAGUACGCCUGGGGCUCUUGGUCCCGAAACCCACACCGCAUACCAGACAAUGCAUUUCAGGGGCUGGACAGUUAGUUCUCACAACCUGGGUGGAAGCGUGCUCUGGGAUUCUGGGAACCCCACCACCGAGGGUGAGUUCAAGGGCCUGUGUCUGCACCAGUCCAGUCAGCUUGCUCCCAACGUGGAGGGGUUAGCCAGCUCGACGUAUGCCGGGAAAACCCACGUGAACAGAGGAGAGAACUUACAGUGGGAGCCGGUCUCAGAGCCGUCGGCGGCACUGCGUCGGGGGCGGCUGUAACGUGGCGGGGGCCUCCUGUGCCGACAGAAACGCUUCCUUGUCCGUGACUGUGUGUGGUGUCGCCAGCAUCAGUAGGAGGGGAGGAAGGCCCAGGGCCAGGCGGGGUAUGAGGACGACGUCGACUUUCCCGGUUUGACCCUGAGCCCCCACCAGAGAAAACCCGGCUUUGCAGCACCUGGAACCAGCUCACCCCUCCCUCCAGAAAGCCCAACAAACAAAAAACUCCAAAACAAAAUGCAAUCUCUUUGGCAUCAGCGGAAGUAGAGGAAGCAGCAUAAAAUGUUUCUUGUUGGCAAAGUUCACUUUUCCUCUUUUUACCCCCAAACGAGAAUCAGCUUUUUUUUUGUCUCGCGUGAUCCCGACUCCUAGAAACUUCAGUCCGGCUGCCUCCCCUCCGAGUACCCAGAGCUUCCCUGUCUUUUUAUUCUAAGACAAGGAAGUUUGAGCAGUUGCAGCAGAACGUCACAGGUGUGUCGCUGGGAAGGCAACGUUUGCAAAAGAUGCUGUGUGAUGAGCACCGAUGAUCACUGAGAGCAAACAAAUGAAAGCGCCAGGCUCGUUUCCCUCGCUUCUUAGGAGAAGACAAGUAAUGAGAGGAGGAAGCAGCAGACCUGCGAUGAAACGACGUGGAGAAAAGAUAGAGCUGGACCAGAGCAAUUCAGCCUUCAGGUGCAAGAUACAGCCCGAGGGAAUGUGGAGUGGACUUAAUUAGACGCGAUUGUCUUCAUCCUGGAAGUGGUCCGCGAAGCCUCAUUUCCCGUAGUUUAGAAGAGAUUCCGUUUUGUUUCUUCCCACGGUGCCCUUUUAAAGGCACCACGUUAUUUCAGUUGCUCCACCACAGUGAGUGGGGAAGGAAAGGCGGUGAACCCUCUGCUAUCUUUUCGGGGCUGCAUUCUACGCUAUCGGCAGAUUUAUAAUGGUAUCCAUAAUAGCAAUGAUGUGUAAUCACGCCUGCCCUUGUGUUAGUUAAAGGGAGCGUUUUUAAUCAUUGGAAAACUUGUGUGACGUGUACAGUGCAGUUGUGAGGAAUGUGUGGGUGUACGAAGAUGUGUCUGUCAAGUCCAGAGUCCUCUAGAUUAAAAAAAAUUUUUUUGACUUAUCAAUGGUGCCGUUACAGCUGUGUCAGACAGGUGCGCUCACUCCCAGCUAUCCUUAAAGCAAAUCUGUGUUCAAAUGCUUUAAAAUUUUAUCACAUGAUACAAGAGUAUAACUUUGUCAGCCUUCUAGAGUUUUUUCCUUCUAUUUUCUUUCUUAUGUUUUCCUUCAAAAAUCAACGGAGACUUGAUUUCUGUCAAUAAUUGUAUUAAGGGUGAAUAUACUACCUGAAUUUUGUGCAUGUUACAUUGUAGUUGUAACCUUUUCUAAUUCAGGAUGGAUACGAGAUGGUUGUGAUUGUGCAGUGUAUCAAUAAAGUUCAAAGAAAUUUGUAA